AUGCUUGGAGUUUGGAUACUUGCGCUAUUUCUGCUCAGCGCAGCAGAAGGCAAAGAAGUUUGCUAUGAAAGGCUUGGAUGUUUCUCAGAUGAUAUACCAUGGUCUGGGACUACAGAAAGACCAGUCCACAAGUUACCCUGGGAUCCACAAAAGAUAGACGUUCAAUUCCUCCUGUACACAAGAGAAAAUCCUACUGACUUUCAAGAGAUCUCUGCAGUUGAUGCCUCAACAAUUGAGUACUCAAAUUUUAAUGCAAGUAGGAUAACCAGAUUUAUAGUACACGGAUUUAUAGAUAAUGGAGAAGAAAACUGGCUGUCAGACAUGUGCAAGAGGAUGCUUACUGUGGAAGAUGUGAACUGCAUCUGCAUAAACUGGAAAAAAGGCGCAAGAUGUCAGUAUACCCAGGCAUCAAACAACGUCCGAGUUGUGGGCGCUGAAAUAGCUUAUUUUGUAAAUGUUCUUAUGGAAAAAUACGAAUACUCUCCAGCCGAUGUUCACAUAAUUGGCCACAGACUGGACCCUGCUCAACCUUAUUUUCAAGGCACUCCCAUUGAAGUCAGACUGGAUAAAUCUGAUGCAGAGUUUGUCGAUGUUAUCCACACAGAUUCAGCUCCCACAAUCCCCUACCUAGGUUUUGGCAUGAGCCCAGCUAUAGGACAUCUUGACUUUUACCCAAACGGAGGAAAGCAAAUGCCAGGGUGUGGGAAGAACCCUGUUUCACAGAUCGUAGAUCUGGACGGCAUCUGGGAAGGAACUCGGGACUUUGUGGCUUGCAAUCAUUUGCGGAGUUACAAGUAUUACUCUGACAGUAUUAUCUACCCUGAUGGAUUUCUAGGCUAUCCUUGUGCUUCAUAUGAUGUUUUUGAAACAGAAAGGUGUUUCCCAUGCCCACGAGAGGGAUGCCCAAAUAUGGGUCACUUUGCAGAUAAAUUCAAAGGGAAAAUUAAAAAUGAUUUCCUGAAACUUUACCUGAAUACUGGAGAGGCCAAGGAUUUUGCUCUUUGGAGGUACAAAGUAACCGUGACCCUCUCUGGAAAGAGAAAAGUUAAAGGAUAUGUAAAUAUUGCGCUGUAUGGAAGUGAUGGGAACACAAGGCAGCAUCAGAUCAUCCAGGGAACCCUCCAACCAGACAACACUUACACAAGCUUCAUUGAUGCAGAAGUUAACAUUGGAACAGUUACAAAAGUUAAAUUUCUUUGGAACAACAAUAGGUUAAAUCCAACUUUUCCUAAACUAGGAGCUGCGACUAUCAUAGUACAAUCUGGAGAAAAUGGAAAACAAUUCCGUUUCUGUGGUUCCGAGAGGGUGAGGGAGGAUGUUCUGCAAACUCUUACUGCUUGCUAA